AUGAUCCUGGUGGGUCCAAAGCUACCCUCAGCCCAUGACCCUGUCCAUGGAACAUUGAGGCACUGCACGGGGGUGCAGGAGGCCGUUGAUGCAGUGGAGUCUGGAGGGAAGCACACCACUGUGAUUGCAGUCCAGCCAGGCACAUACUUUGAGCAGGUACGAGUCCCCUGCAACAAGACACACAUUCUGCUGCGGGUGGCAUCGGUCAAAGAAAGGGGCUCUGGUGGUGGGGAGGUCCGGAUAGUCUUCAAUGCGCAUGCAGGCAAACGUAAGCACAGCAGCGGCGGCGGCAGCAGCAGUGGCAGUAUCAAAAGGAAAGAUGCCAGUGCUGCUGAGAGCUACACGACAUAUACUUAUGCAACUUUUGCGGUGGAGGCGAGCUAUUUCACAGCAGAGGGGAUAGUGUUUGAGAACGCAGCAGGACCGCAGUGUGGGGGCGCAUCAGGGCAGAACCAGGCGGUGGCGGUGCGGGUGACAGCGGAGCAAGCAGCGUUCCACCGGUACAGCUUCCUGGGGUGGCAAGACACACUCUACGUGCACCAUGGCAGUGCGUGGUUCAGGGAUUGCCGAGUGGAGGGAUCUGUGGACUUCAUCUAUGGAGGACCCAAGGCACGAGGCUACUGGAAGGGGUGGGGCUGGGGGUGGAUGACAGCUCACCGCAGGGAUCUCACCCAGUGGCCUGACGACACCAAUGGUGCAUUCGUUUUCGAUGCAUGCUCCAUUCAAGCGGCAGAUGCUUCAGUGCCUGACAGCUGUGCGCUGCUGGGACGGCCAUGGGGUCCAGAUGCGCGUGUGCUGCUGCAUGGGUGCAACAUAGGAGCCGUGGUGAAGGCAGAGGGGUGGAGCACAUGGAACUCUGCGACUGAUGUUUCUCGCCCUCGGUUCCUCGAGUGGGAGUGCACCGGACCCCAGAAUCAUAGGGUGGCAGGCAACACAAGAGGAGGUGGACCAGCUGGUGCCUGA